UUCACAUCGUCGAUUUGACAGGUCAGAGUCCAACUUUUAUGAAGUUUAUAGCAACUUUUACGGCAUUAUUUUAGUAUUUCUAGUUACUUUACAUCGUUCCAGAGUCAUCCCAAGUUAGCUGUGAUAUCCUGUAGGAGUCCACUCAGCCAUGGCAUCCCACAUAGCGAAAACUUUGUUGAAAACUUCACAUGCCAGCUCGACGAUCAAAUUUGAUACUGCUAGGCGUGCCCUGAGCGUCGGGGCAGCGCUGCAGCAAAAGAAGACUCUCAAAGACCGCACCGGCAAAAAUGUGGUGCUGGUGGAUGGCGUCCGCACCCCCUUCCUUGUCUCCUUCACCGAUUAUUCCAAGAUGAUGCCCCACGAGCUGGCGAGACACGCCCUGUUGGGUCUCCUGCAAAAGACCGGCAUAGACAAGGAGUUAAUCGACUACAUCAUCUAUGGCACGGUCAUCCAGGAAGUGAAGACGUCCAACAUUGGUCGCGAGGCGGCAUUGGCGGCAGGCUUUAGUGACCGCACGCCCGCCCACACUGUCACCAUGGCCUGUAUAUCCUCCAACCAGGCUAUCACUACUGGUAUCGGUAUGAUAGCGGCUGGCGCCUACGACAUCAUCGUCGCCGGCGGCGUCGAGUUCAUGUCGGACGUGCCCAUCCGCCACUCGCGCAAGAUGCGCUCCCUGCUGCUGCGCGUCAACCGAGCCAAGACCCCCGCGCAGCGCCUGUCGCUGCUGGCCUCUAUCCGGCCGGAUUUCUUCGCCCCCGAGCUCCCCGCCGUGGCUGAGUUCUCCUCCGGAGAAACCAUGGGUCACAGCGCGGACCGCCUAGCGGCCGCUUUCGGCGCCACCCGUCAAGAGCAAGAUGACUACGCUCUGAGAUCGCACAAGGCCGCUGCCGAAGCACAGGCCAAGGGAUACUUCACCGAUCUCAUCCCUGUGAAGGUGGACGGCAAGGACGGUCUGGUGGACAAGGACAACGGCAUCCGCGUGUCCACCCCCGAGCAGCUCGCCAAGCUGAAGCCGGCCUUCAUCAAGCCGCACGGCACCGUCACCGCCGCCAACGCUUCAUUCCUGACUGACGGCGCAUCGGCAUGUCUCGUGAUGCCCGAGGCCAAGGCCAAGGAGCUCGGCUUCAAGCCCAAGGCCUAUCUGAGGGACUUCACCUACGUCGCUCAGGAUCCCGUGGACCAGCUGCUCCUGGGCCCCGCGUACGGCAUCCCCAAGGUCCUGGACAAAGCCGGACUCACCAUGAAGGAUGUCGACUCCUGGGAGAUCCACGAGGCCUUCGCUGGUCAAAUCUUGGCCAACUUGAAGGCGAUGGACUCCGACUGGUUCGGUCAGACCUAUCUGAAGAGGCAGGGCAAGGUCGGCUCGCCUGACAUGUCCAAGUGGAACAACUGGGGAGGCUCUCUGUCCAUCGGACAUCCCUUCGCUGCCACUGGUGUCCGUCUGGCGAUGCACACGGCCAACCGGCUGGUGCGCGAGGACGGGCACGUCGGCGUCAUCAGCGCCUGCGCCGCCGGCGGCCAGGGCGUCGCCAUGAUCCUCGAGCGCCACCCCGACGCCACCGCCGACUAGGCGCCCGCUGACGGACGCGCUGUAGCUGUGCACACCACCACCACACGGUGUCACCACCUGUACUAUCACCUAACGGUGACAACCAACUGGGUUUUAAGCGUUAUAUCAUCGUACUACCACCUAACGGUGACAACCAACUGGGUUUUAAGCAUGAUAUCAUCGUAUCACCAUCAAACGAUGACCACCUGAGUCAUAGGCAUUGUAUCAUCGUUGAAUUUGAACUGUUGUGAGUCAUACUAACAUUAAGCUAAGGUUAAGGUCGCGCUGCGCGGCGUGUGACAGUACGCGGCGCGCGACUAUCGUGACCACUACUCAUGCACUGCUAGUGCUUGAAAAUGGAGACAUAGACUCUUCGAAACAUGUUGCGCGUGUAGCUGAAAAUAUGUGAGUUCAACCGUAAAUUAGCUUAAUAAUAUCAUUACCUGUUUAAAUUGCACCAUAAGGGUUUCUUUUGUACCUUCUUGGUACGGAACCAUUUUUACGCUAAAAAAUUUGAUAAUACAAUUUUUAGUUCUAGAGGACUAUACAAUGACCCUACACGACAUCAGAGCGAUUACUCAUAAACGCUAAAGAGUUGUAAAACUCUUAUUGUAUUAUCUGUUUAUUGAAGUCUUUUAUGUGUUCAGUAAAUUCACAGGUGAUUGUAUUGCCUAUAUUAUACCGUGGAGCGCAGUAAAAGCUAUGUAAUAUCGCCUAACAAUUGUGCUACAGGUUGGUCCUUUUAAUAUAAAUUAAAUAGUAUACUUUGUCUUGUCUGCGAAGGCGAAAAUGCCCCGCCUUAGAAUCGCCUAAUGUGAAUUGGAUCAGUGUUUUGCAAGAUCCAAUAUGGGUUGUUGUCAAAACAUCUAAAUAUAAUAUUUAGGUUUAAAAAAAUCUUAAAUAAAAUUAAACACUUUUUUUUCAUUGUGCAUGUUUAAUUGUUCUAAAUCAAAACUUGAAUGUAUUCUAUCGAAUGCGUGAGAUUUAUAAGUUGAUAAGAGACAGUGUACUUUGUAUUAUGUAUUUAUUGGUAUAUUUCUUGAAGCUACACUAAAUUUUGUAAGAUUUACCUAUUUAUUACAUCAUAGGUUAAGCGUAAUACAAUGACAAAGAAAUAUUCUAAGCAUGUCCUACAUUUAAUUGGUUGGUAAGAAAUGUGUAUGUAAUCAAUUAUUUUAUUAAAGAAUGUUAGUAAAA